UCUUUUACAGAACUAGAAUGGAUACGUCGCUAGAUGCGAAAGCGAUUCGGAAAAUAUUUUUAGAUUUUUUCAUAGAAAAGAAGACGCAUAUCUACGUUCAUUCUUCCUCAACUAUCCCUCAUGAUGAUCCUACGCUUCUCUUCGCUAACGCAGGGAUGAAUCAAUUCAAGCCUGUGUUCGUCGGUACUGCGGAUCCGAAUAGUGAUAUGGCGAAAUGGACGAGGGUUGUGAAUACGCAGAAGUGUAUCAGGGCCGGAGGAAAGCAUAAUGACCUUGAUGACGUAGGAAAGGAUGUUUACCAUCAUACAUUCUUCGAGAUGCUGGGGAAUUGGUCGUUUGGCGACUACUUUAAGAAAGAGAUCUGUACGUGGUCCUGGGAACUCCUCACAGAGGUGUUUAAGCUGGACCCUGCCCGCCUUUAUGUCACCUACUUCGGCGGUGACGAGGCUAGCGGCCUCCAGCCUGAUCUCGAGGCUAAACAGCUCUGGUUGGAUCUAGGAGUAGGAGAGUCAAGGAUUCUGCCUGGAAAUAUGAAGGACAACUUUUGGGAGAUGGGAGAUACAGGACCUUGUGGACCUUGUUCUGAGAUUCAUUAUGAUAGGAUUGGGGGAGGCAGAGAUGCUGCACAUCUGGUGAAUAUGGAUGACCCUGAUGUUCUUGAGAUCUGGAAUCUUGUAUUUAUGCAGUAUAACAGAGAACAGGACAAAUCUCUCAAACAGCUUCCUAAUAAGCAUAUUGACUGCGGGAUGGGAUUCGAGCGUCUUGUGUCCGUAGUUCAGGACAAGCGUUCCAAUUACGACACUGACCUUUUCCUUCCGUUCUUCCAGCAUAUACAAGCUGGAACAGGAGUACGUGCCUACGCUGGUAGGGUUGGAGCUGAGGAUACAGAUGGAAUUGAUAUGGCAUACAGGGUCCUUGCUGAUCAUGCUAGAACAUUAACUAUUGCACUCUCUGACGGUGGAAGACCUGACAAUGUUGGCAGGGGCUAUGUUCUCAGAAGAAUUCUCCGACGAGGUGUGAGAUACGCCUCCGAGAAACUAGGCGCUAAACCUGGAUUCUUCGCUAGCCUUGUUCAUACAGUUGUACAGGUUCUUGGAGAAACAUUCCCUGAGGUGAAGAAGGAUCCUCAGACUGUGAUUGAUAUCAUCAACGAGGAGGAAACUCAAUUUCUUAAAACUCUAUCCAGAGGACAGAAAUUACUGGACAGAACCAUCAGUAAGCUUGAAGGAGCAAAAGAGCUGCCUGGAGAUAUUGCCUGGCGUCUCUAUGACACCUACGGGUUCCCUGUUGACCUAACCCAGCUUAUGUGUGAGGAGAGGGGUCUUCAGGUUGAUAUGAACAGCUAUGAGAGCUGUAAAGCUGCUGCCCAGCUGGCCAGCCAGGGUAAAGGAGCAGGAGCAGAGGAUACAAUAUCUCUAGACGUUCAUAGUAUUAAUGAACUCAAGGAGAAAAGCUUCCAGCCCACAGACGAUUCUUUCAAGUAUGCUUACGAAGCAGAAUCUUCUAGCAAGGAUUCCAGAUAUAAGUUCCACGCCUGUACAGCUAAGAUUCUGGGUAUCCGGCACAGUAAACAGUUCGUAGACUCAGUUUCUAGUGGACAGGAGUGUGGUGUACUGCUAGACCGUACAUGUUUCUAUGCUGAGCAAGGAGGACAGAUUUACGAUGAAGGAUUUCUUGUCAACGGAGAAAAUGAGAUGAAGGUUAACAACGUUCAGGUUCGUGGAGGAUAUGUACUGCAUAUGGGUACAGUGGAAGGUACACUGAAACUAGGAGAUACGGUCGAACUCAGUGUUGAUGAAGAGAGGAGGAAAAAUGUGAUGAACAAUCAUACUGGGACUCAUAUUCUUAACUUCGCUUUGAGACAGGUUCUUAGCUCUGACGCGGAUCAAAAAGGAUCUUUAGUUGCACCUGAUAAACUCAGGUUUGAUUUCACCAGCAAGGCUGCGAUGAGCCCAGCACAGGUGAAGAACGUUGAGGAGAUAGUGAACAAUGUGAUCAACAAGAAUCAGGAGAUCUACGCCAAAGAGGCAUCACUUGCUGUCGCUAAGACAAUACAAGGACUUAGAGCUGUGUUUGAUGAAACCUAUCCUGAUCCUGUUCGAGUUGUUUCUGUUGGAGUCCCUGUAGUGGACCUAGAGAAAGAUCCAAACAAUCCAGCCGGAACACAGACUAGUGUGGAAUUCUGUGGAGGAACCCAUUUACGUCGUGCUGGUCACAUUGAACACAUGGUCAUUGCCUCUGAGGAGGCAAUUGCCAAGGGGAUCCGGCGUAUUGUUGCUUUGACUGGCCCAGAGGCAAAGAAGGCAUUGGCCAAGGAGAAACUAUUGCUAGGGGAACUUGAGAAGGUUAAGACUAAGGUCGAAAGUAAGGAUAUGGGAAUGAAAGAAAAGGUGCGUCUUAUCACAGAACUCAAUGAUGAUAUAUCAGCUGCUACCAUCAGCUAUCAUAAGAAGGAUGAGAUGCGAGGAGAGCUGAAGAAUGUAAAGAAAAGGAUUGAUGAUGAGGAUAGGAAUAGGAAAGCUGCUGUAAUGGGAGAUGUAGUAGAAGCUGCAAAGGCGAUACUAACUGGUAAUCCAGGCCUACCUUACUUGGUUUGUGAGCUACAGGCGUAUGCCAAUAAUAAGGCUAUAGAUGGAGCAUUAAAGCAGGUUAAACUGCUGUCUUCUGCAACUCCAACUAUCUUCUUCUCUGGGGACGAAGAUACGGGGAAGAUACUCUGCAUGGCUUACUCAUCGAAGGAGGCAAUAACUUCCGGACUGAAGGCUAAUGAAUGGUGUGGAAGUGUUCAAACCUUGAUAAAUGGAAAGGGUGGAGGAAGACCGGAUAACGCACAGGCUAGUGGAACUAAUGUUUCUGCUCUGAACGCCGCUAUGGAAGCUGCACAUUCCUUUGCUAUGCUGAAGCUAGGAGUAGAGAGGGUCAACUUAGCAGCUGACGCAACAGGACCAGCAGGAGAGAAGUCCAUUUCCGCCUCUGUGUCCGCCCCAGCUGGUUCCGCCGUACUAUUGGCUCCGCCAGGUUGCUGCGGUGGAGUUUUAGUUCAAGUGGCGAGUAAAUAUGCCGGUCAGACGAUAGCUGUUCAGUCUGGACAAGCUUUCACCUUCAAGAGUGGAGCUGGUAGUUUCACGUCUCCUGUCUCCACGGCUCUAUAUCUCUGCUCCAAUAACAAAACUCUGAUUGGAGCAGAUCUUGCUCAACAGAGUAUGGUUCUGCAGUACUGUUUGUACGCUGAGAAUGAUCUGAAGCAUCAUGUCUCUGGAUGGGUCAAUCCAACACAGGGAGUAGUAGAGGGAUGUAACCCUGGUACUGUUGCCAGAAGUAAAGAGGCAGUUCUUCAUCAUCUUCAGGUCUUGGAUAAUAUUCUUGUUGCUCGGACCUAUCUUGUUGGUGAAAGGGUUAGUUUAGCAGAUCUAGCAACCUGUACUACUCUUCUACCCGCCUUCAGACAUGUUUUAGAUGGCGGUGUGAGAAACAAACUGCGCCACGUGACUAGAUGGUUUAACACAAUCAUUCAUCAGGAUAAUUUUAAGCAGAUUGCAGGAGAAAUCUCACUGUGCGCCCAGGAGGCUCAAAUAGUUCAAGGAGCUGGAAAGAAGGAGAAAGAGGGAAAGAAGGAAAAGAAGGAAGCAAAGAAGGAAGUGGAAAAACCCAAACCUAAGAAGGAAGAAAAGGAAGAGGGGCCGGAAGAACCAAUGCCUGAGAAGAAGAAGGACCCAUUGGAUGCUCUCCCAAAGGGAACCUUUGACAUGGAGGACUGGAAGCGGUUUUACUCUAAUAAUGAUGAGGAGAAGAGCUGUGAAUAUUUCUGGGAGAAAUUUGAUCCUGAAAACUAUUCUAUUUGGAGAGGGGAUUACAGGUACAAUGAUGAGUUGAGCCAGGUGUUUAUGUCCUGUAACCUGAUGGGAGGUAUGUUCCAGCGUCUGGAAAAGAUGAACAAGAACGCCUUCGCCUCUGCCAUGCUCUUUGGGGAGAACAACAACAGUUCUAUUGCAGCUAUCUGGGUUUGGAAGGGACAGAACUUGGCCUUUGAAUUAUCUGAAGACUGGCAAAUUGAUUAUGCCAGCUAUCAGUGGAGCAAGCUAGAUCCUAAGUCUGCGGAAACUAAGACGAUGGUAAACCAGUUCUGGAAGUGGGAAGGAGUUGACGCCAAGGGCAGGAAAUUCAACCAGGGGAAGAUCUUUAAAUAGAAGACGACCUUCCAGCUCUUUUUUCUGCAGAAGACACAGCGAUGAAUUUAGAAGAUAUUCUAUUUUGAUAUGAUCCGAAUAUGUCCAAUCUCCAUUUGUAAUCCUAUAUUUUGCAUAUUUUUAUAUAAAAAGUACGAUAUGCCUUAA